GUUGUAACUUUGGAGCGUGGCCUUAAAAAAUUGGGUGGACAAUUGAAGCGAAAGCCCUUGACUGACUCUCGAGCGAGAAAGAGAGAGAAGCCAUCGCCAAAACCCAAACCCUAGCCACCUUAUUAGAUUUCUCUCUCUGAAGCCAGUGUUUUAACAGUAGCGUCAACGAUGGCGAGGAAGCGAAAGCACGAUUCCAAUGGCAACGAAGCAGCUGAACCGCCUAAAAAGCAGCAACAAAAACAGAAGGAAGAGAUUGUAGAAGAAGAAGAUGAAUACGAAGAAGUCGAAGAAGAGGAAGAUGUUGAAGAAGAGGUAGAAGAAGAGGACGAUGAAGAAGAUGACGAUGUGAAAGAGGAGGAAGGAAAUAACAAUCAGAUAUCAGUUUCCGACGACGAAGACGAGGAGCCCAUUGAAAACCUUCUCGAACCAUUUGGCAAAGAUCAACUUAUCAAUCUGCUCCGUGAAGCAGCCGAUAGCCACCGUGAUGUUGCAGAUCGCAUACGCAGGAUAGCGGAUGAGGAUCCAGUCCACCGCAAAAUUUUUGUACACGGCCUUGGAUGGGACACCAAUGCUGAGACCCUUUUGAACGCCUUUAAGCCCUAUGGUGAAAUUGAGGAUUGUAAGGCUGUGUGCGACAAGGUUUCUGGGAAAUCCAAGGGCUAUGGAUUUAUCCUCUUCAAGAAGCGAAGCGGGGCCCGCAAAGCCCUCAAAGAACCGCAAAAAAAGAUUGGCAACCGUAUGACUGCCUGCCAGCUUGCUUCCAUUGGUCCUGUCCCUACUACCAGUGCAGCAAUCCUUUCACAGCAGCAGCUGGUGUCUGAGUAUACUCAGAGAAAGAUUUAUGUAAGCAAUGUUGGGGCGGAUUUGGAUCCUCAGAAGCUGACUACCUUCUUUUCCAAUUAUGGAGAGAUUGAGGAAGGUCCUUUAGGACUAGACAAGCUUUCUGGUAAGCCCAAGGGAUUUUGUUUGUUCGUGUACAAGAACGUUGAGAGUGCCAAGAAGGCGCUUGAAGAGCCACACAAGAAUUUUGAGGGCCACAUUUUGCAUUGCCAGAAAGCUAUAGAUGGGCCCAAACCUGGUAAAUCUAUGCAGCAGCAACGGAGCCAACAUAAUGUGCAAAAUCCCAAUUUUCAGCGGAAUGAAAAUGUUGCUUUUGCUGGUGGAACGGCUGCAGGACCAGCCCAUCUCAUGGCACCUGCUGCUGGACCUGGGAUUGGGUUUAACCAGGGAGCUGCAGCUGCUCCUGCUUUGAACCCUGCUCUUGGACAGGCUCUAACAGCCUUGCUUGCUACUCAAGGUGCUGGAUUGGGGCUUACUAGUAUAUUAGGAACUCUAGGUUCUGCUGCUGCUGUUAGCCAGGCUGGUGUGCCUGGUGCAGCAAGCGGAAUGCAGGGUGCCUAUGGUAACCAGGCAAAUAUAAGCCCUGGAGUGAUUGGAUCUUAUGGUACUCAGGGAGUAAUUCAGGGCGGCUACUCAAAUCAGCAGGUGGGCCAUGGUGGUUCUGCAAGGGGGCAGCAUGGCGUUGGGCAAUAUGGUGGUGUUGCCCCUUACAUGGGGCACUAGAUAUCAUAUCCCUUAGUUUGUGGUAGAAACUUGAUUUCUAUGAAGAUUAUCAAUCGACAUAUGAGGCUGAUAUGGUAGGAUAUCAGAGAAAGUUUGAGAAAGGGCACAUAUAUGAUUCUCUUGCAAGGUUGAAUGUGGAAUAUCAUCAAAUAAGAAUUCAGGUCCUGGGAAAGGACCUUUUGCCUUCUAUGAGGCAAACAUACAGAUGUGUGCAACAUGAAGAAAGUGGGCGAAGUGCCAUGAUAGGUACAACCUCUGUUGAGAAAGCAGGACUUGUAGCAAGGUUUCUCUCAACCUAAACAAAUUAAUCCACACCUCAUCAAAUAAGGACCACAUACAGUGUGAUUAUUGUGGGAACCUAGACAUACUAAGAAAAACUGUUUGAAAUUGCAUGGACAACUGACUAAGGGUCGUGGAGGUAAACAGAUGGAUUCCACUAGACCUCCUGCACACUAAGCUGAAGUAGUAGCAGUGACUGCAGCAUUAUCUGCUGGGAGUCUAUAUGAUGAAGAUGUACAAACCUUAAGGUGUCUUUUAUCAAAACUUGACUCCCUAUCCAUCUCAAUUGCUUCUUCCAAUUUUGUGCAAUUUGGUAAAUGGCCAUUUUUGCUAAUUCUAUUGAUGAUUCAUGGGGUAUAGAUUGUAGCAAAGCAAAAGAGAUAUGACAUACUCUUUGGAUAAAUUUUUAAUCUCUUCACCUUGUUCUGGCAAAUAUAGAGUUCGUAUAGCAAAUGUUUCUUUAGCUUGUAUUAAUCACAAGUUCCAUUGAGUGCACAACACCGAUCAAUUUAACUUCUGUUCUUCA